CCCUGUGCGGUUGCCACCAAAGUUUUUGAAUUUUUAAGUGGGAGAUGAGCGAGUUUUGGAAAUCUCUCGGUCACUUCUAUCUCGACCAGCAGUGAAUUCGGAAGCAUUCUGUGGUGUUGCAAUUUAUCUGAUAUAUUUUUACUGAGAAAUAUUGUGAAAAAAUUUUUUUUUGAUUUAUAAAUAUUGUUCUGGAGCCUGAGAAGAUCUUCUAAGAUUAUUUUGGAAUAUUUGUAAGUCAUAAUCAUUAAUUAUUUCUUUUCUUUAAAUCCUCGUGGGAUAGUCCUUGUUCCAUGGACUAUCUGGCGCCCUUUUAAGAUUUUCAUUUUAAAUAAAACCACGCGGAUUUUUUUCUUACUAAAAUUUUUUUUUCUAUUUUUAAUGUACAAAAGUGAUUUUUCUUUUUAAUAAAUCCAAAUUGUUAAAAAUUAUGUUUUUGGAAUUAAUUUUGGUUUAAUAUAAUUUUUUUUUUAUGAGUGAAAUUUAAAUUUUUCUUUUAUUUCUUUGCUCAAAUUUAUGAAGACCCUUUUUAUACGCUACAUAAAUUUUUGGCGCCCAACAAGCGGCUUGAUAACAUAAAUCUCAUGUUUUUUGCCGCCUUCGCUAGCGGGCGAAUUUAUUUUUGAUGUUGAAUUAUAUAUAAUUAAUUUUUCAAGUCUCAUUUUGAGAUCAAAUUUUGUGCAUUUUGCAGCACAAAAUCAUUUCGUUAUCUCAUUGUACCGUUUUCAAUCCGGUUUUUAUGACUCGGUUGACAUCGAGUAUUGUAUCUAAUUAAUUCCUUUUCAGAGUGAUUGAAGAGAGUGAGUAAAAUUGUUUGUUGCAGCUUGUCUCUUAUCUUUAGAGCGCUCUCCCUUUUUGCUUCUCUCUACGUUGUGCUCUACGCCACCUCACUCUACAUUGAUACAUUACUCUAGAUACCCUGCUCUACUCUAGAUUGCAUCGGUACUCAUUUCUCUCAAUCUAUUCACCUCUCUCUACGUUGCUCUUCCCAAUUUUUCUUGUCUCUGAUCUUUUUCUCCCUGAAUAAAAAUGGCUAGUGGGGGGAACCUGAGUAAACUGGGAGAUUUUGCUCUCCUCACCGAUGAGGAUGUGAUGUUUGAGCUCACUCUCCGCGGUUUUGGAGCUCCUGGAGAAAUUAAAGAGCUGAGGGAAGAUCUUAUCAAUGCGUGGGAGGAUAAAUCGCGUUCUAAUGUUGAGACAGGUGCUUCUGUUGAUACUCUCUUGAAAAAGAUCGCGGAAUUUGAGUUGGUGCUGUUUGAUGCAACCCUUGCGAAUGCAAUUCCUGUGAGGGUUCUCCAUCUUCAUUUGCUUCACCGAGUGGAACAUGAAGUGUUCAUUGAUGAUCCUGGCAGGGAAAAGUCCAAGAGAAUCGGCAACAUUCUGCAGAAGCAUAUGAAGACUUUUGAGGCAUCCAUUGAGUCGAUGAAAAUCCAACUUCAGGCCAUGACCAAAGGUGCAAUUCCCAAGCAGCCACGCGCGAGUGAUGUUGUUGCACCCAUCGAACAGCGCGAAAAUACUGUGGUUGAUUUGACCUCAACACCCACAGGUCCCAAAGACGCCCCGAUUGUUUCAGAAAAUCCUUUGAGUCGAUAUUAUGCGUCUAAAUAUACCCGGAGUGUACAUCCAAAUCCUGCUCCUCAGCCUGUGGCAAAUAAUCCGGAGUGGAGUAUGGAGUAUGAUACUCCCAAUCUGACUACACAUCAGACACCGAUUUUUGAAGGCAAUCCAUUGCCACCUCCACCUCGUGCCCCUGAUUUCUUUUCAGCAAUGCGCCCAGCUCCAUACAAAGAUUGGGGUAUUUCUUUUACAGGCCAACGCGGUGGUGGAGAUAAGAAAGUCUCUCGAUUUUUGAGGGAAAUUGAACGAAUGAGUGCUGCACAGGGAGUUCCACUUCCGGUGUUGAAUCGUGCAGUGCGUUUGUUUUUGAAAGAUGAUGCGUUGUUGUGGUACGAUGCUGUUUACCACAAUUUGACCUCUUGGCAGGCAUUUUCUACUGCGAUUCGUUCUGCUUUUCAGGAUGUUGAGAGCGAUUUUUCCAUUCGUCAGCGUAUUGAGGAGCGAAAGCAAAAAUCUGGCGAAGCUGUUGAGGUUUUUAUUGCAGCGAUGGUGACGUUGUUUGAGGAUCUUGAACAGGGAAUUUCUGAGCAGGAGAAGAUCCGUCUUAUUCGCCGAAAUCUUCUUCCCUCAUUCUCUAAUGCCUUGGCACUCACAAACAUCGUGUCCAUUCCACAGCUCGUUGAAUUGCUCAAGCAGAUUGAGAGAAAUCGUCUUUAUUGUCCUCCUGCAAAUAAAUCGCGAAAUAAUUCUCGGGGAAAUCGUGAGGAUAUUCAGGAAGUUUCUGCUCCAUCAGAGUCCCAGAAUAGUUCUCAACAGUCUCAGCAGAAUUCCCAGCAGCAGAAACAGCGAAAUUCACAAUCUCAGAACACGCAGAAGAAUGCUACUCAGGGUCAGAACAAUAAAAAUUUGAAGGUGAAGAAGAAUCGUGAUUCUCAAUCAGGUCCAUUGAUUUGCGUGAAUUGUGCAGGAGAGCACAACAUUCGUGACUGUACACAGCCGCGAAAGUGUAAUGUGAUGUGCUACAGGUGUGGUCUUGAAAAUACCAUCACAUCAAAAUGUCCUGUGUGUAACAGCUCACAGGGGGAAGGAGCCGCGGCCCAGUAAGGAAGGGAAUUGGGCGCGCGAAAAAGAAUAAAGCCUUCCCAACGCGAGUAUUUACCAAUUCAGCUUCUCAAUCCCAAAAUGUGUCACGGAGUCCUGUGAAUUCCGUAUUUCCUCUCAACAAUUUUUCAGAUUCCCCAAUUACAGCUACAGUUGAUAUCCAGCAAUUUUCACCACCAAUUGAGGAAUCAUCCGAUUUUUCCAUUUCAUUGCUCUCUGAAAAUCAUCCGGUAGAGGUGAUUGAAGAGAAUUCUCUCCUUUUAUCCCCAUCAGGUGUACCUGUGCAUUUAAUGAGCUCCGUUGCUAAAGGUCCAGUGGAGGUGGACAAUGAUGAUAGAGUUUAUUGCAACAUUAAUAUUGGGAAUGUUUCACUCCGUGGGCUCCUUGAUACAGGUGCCACCUGUACAAUGUUGGGAAAAGGGGGAUUAAAAUUGUUGAAAGGUUUGGGAAUUCCAGUUAUUUCCGAAUCUAGUUUUUUGCGUACUGCUGAUGGGACUGUGCAUAAAACCUCCUAUAUAGCAAAAGUUCCUAUUACCUUUAAUAAUACUACCAAUGUUAUGAA